ACAUUUGCAUCGAGUGCACGCAGGGAAGUAGAGCAUCUAUGCUGGAGAAGAGAUAGCCCAGUUGUCGUUACCCGGAAUAAUCGACCAGGCUUCCCAACGCGACACAUGGCAUGCAAUUGUCUCUGAAGCGACCGUAAAAAUUUUCACAUGUCACGAAGUAACUGUAAACUUGACACGCCGUAGUUAGCGGAAUAGCUAGUGAGAAUGAACUAUUAUUUAUUACCAAACAGUAGUUGCUGUUACUUCGGCUAAAGCUACAAUAGCUUCCCCGCUGUCACUGACAUCAUUCCGUGCGAUGACGACAUUGACUAGCCUGCGUAACUUUUUUGUCUCGUGGAGAUAAAAUUAGAUUAAACUAAAUAAUAUGGAAAGUGAACGCAGCAACUGCAGGCCCCACGUUGGAGACAAUAGCCUGCUAGCAAGCUGUCGUAGCUGCUAAGCUUGCUAAAGCUGUAAGGUGUAUAUGAGGAGCCGCACUCAAAACGUCAAGGCACCUGUGUAGUGGAUCAGGAGGACAUGACAGACCGAGUCGGCGCUGACUGUAGCCAGAAGUGGCCCCUUAAGCAGGAUCGGACUGCGUUAGACCGUAUCUCAGCACCUCAACAGUCCACGUCUCGCAUUAUGUCUUCAAAAUCCAAACGGGCGAGCAACAGCUCAGAUAACCCAUCUGAAGACAGGCUCAGCAAUGGAUCCUGUGAGGCGGAGGCUCUGUUAGGAUUACGCUGUUCUGAAGACAGGGAACAUUUUACUGCUGGGGAUGAACAUCUGACUCUGAGCAACGAUUUGGUGUCAGAGUUUCCUGACAGUGAUUCCCUCUUGCCCGAGGUCUGCAUUUCCUCUAACAGAGAUAGCUUUGAGGAUGAUAUGAACUAUGAGGUCCAACAAGCCUAUAAGAUAUUUACUAGCUUUCUCUCGGACAAGCACAAAGGAAUCACCGGCUCAUUUCUUCAUCCAAUCGGUCGCCAUGAGACCCGUCAUGGUGAUGGAGAGCAUCAGGGCCGUGUUCAGUCUCAGCUCAGGCAGUCCAUGUGCUUGAAGAGGAUAGAGGAGAAGUUUAUCAGUCAGGAAUACGAGACCAUAACGGAGUUUGUUGCAGACUUCAGGCUCAUGUUGGAGAACUGCUAUCGCUAUUACGGCGUGGACCACUGGAUCUCCAAGCAGGCUCAAAAGCUGGAAACUAUGAUGGAGCAGAAACUUACAUUGCUUUCCAGGACGCUGCGAGAAAAAACAACUCUGGCCAUGACUUCAAAAGGGCGUUUUGGUGCAGAGGAGGAGCGGGGCUCGGGGGGCACAUCCACGAGGAAAAGGCAGGCAUCUCGAUACUUUGCUACAGCUACUGUUGGCGGGCAUGAAUCUGUCAUGGUUCAGACGCUACGUCUGGAAGAGCAGCAAAGAGCCAAGGAAGAAAAGAGGCAACGUGAGCUUGAGAAGAAAGAGGCAGAAGAAAUGUCAGCCAAGGAGGUGGAGGAUUGGGAGCAGGGCUUGCUAUCCCAAGCUUCCCCCCACACGGUGGACACCGUGUGGGAACUCCCUGCUGUCGGACACUUUCUCUGCCUCGCUCAGACUGCCCUCAACCUCCCUGAGAUAGUGUUUUUUGAGCUGGAACGAUGUUUGCUGAUGCCACGCUGCAGCUUGCUCCUGUCCAAGAUCAUGUCCUCCCUGCUGUCCCCUCCACAGCGGAGGGCGACCCUGCACCGCCGGCCUGCACUGCCGUACCGCCGCUGGGAGUCGGAGCUGAGGCAACGCAUUCUAGGCUGGUACCGAGCCAUCGGGGCUUCCCGCGAUCAGCCUCGUCGCGCCGAGCAGUUGGGACUCUGUCACCAGUUCUUUAGCAUCCUGGGGGAGGCGAGUCCUCUGGAGGAGAAACCCUUUCAUUUGUUGCCCUUCUACCAGCGGGUUUGGCUUCUGAAGGGCCUGUGUGACCACGUCUAUGAGACACAGAGGGACGUACAGGACGCCGUGUUGGCCCAACCCAUCCAUGAAUGUAGGGAGUCCAUCCUAGGCUAUGACGGCAAAGAAAAUGCCUACAUACAUUUCCCACAUUUCUGUGGAGCAGACCUGAGGAUCUACUGCCAGAGCCCCAGCACACCUCCAGCUUUUCCUUUUCCUUCUGUUCUGGUGAAAAGAGUUGAAACAGAAGCCGGGACAGAGGGUGAAGAGUCGGAUGUAAUAAAAAGUGAAGAAGAUGGAAACGAUGAAGCACAGAUAAACUCAGAAGAAUGUGAUUUUGUAAAAAGGACAACAGAGACCCUGAUCAAAAAUUUGGAAGGCAACAGUCAAGAAGAUAAACACAGAUUUCAGUUGUGGUCCCCGUCUGAGUUACGAUCCUCCAACGGACACUCCUGUGACAACUCUAAAUUAGGUGCAAAACAAAAUGCUAACUCCUUGGUUGUCACAAAAAGCAAACUAUUUGGGGAGUGUGAUGUAAAAAUGAAAGAUGAGAUUUCAGUUGUGGGGCAGCAAUCUAAGCAGGAGCGAGUCUUCUCACUGGCUUCUGAACGUACCUUCAAAGCAGAAACUGAAGAUCCCUGUCUGAAUGUAGGAGAGCACAGUUAUAUGGGCCGGUCGCCUGCUUCCUCAGCAAGUCUGGGAUCCCUGGCUCAACUCCUGGGAGUGAAGUCGGAGGAAGUAAGUCCCAGUCAGGGACACCAAAUGUCCCCCUGUUUAGAAUGUUGCAAAAACACAGCUAGUGAUGCUAAAUCUGCAGGGGACAUCUACUGCUGCAGUAUGUCCAGACUAGCAACACCGUUGUCCUCUGAGAGUACUCAAAACUCCAGUGAAGAGAGGGUGAAUGACAAGAGCUGGACUAACAAAAAGAAGCGGAAGAAAAAGUGGGCAGGGGAACAGCUGGUGGGAGUCAAACGGGAGCGCGGGCAUCUGCUGCUCCACGAAGAGACGAGGCUGUCCCAGACCGAGGCUGCCAAGUCUUCAGCUCAGAAAUCUGCCACAACGAUAAAGAGAAAAGAGAAGAAGAGAAAGCACAAGACUGAGAAAAAAGCUGAGUCACUGAAGAAAGCUAAAGAAGCUGCUCCCCCUUUCCCAUCAUUUAAGUUGGUGUGCAGCAGUCUAGAUGAACUACGAGAGCUUAUCAGUAAGAUUGAAGAUGAGCUUGAUGAACUGGAGAGCAUGAAGAAGAGAUUGGGUCGGUGGUAUUACAAGAAAGAAGCCGUGAAAGAACUCCACAGCACUCUGAUCAGACUUUUGAACGAACUUUUACCAUGGGAACCCAAACUCGUUAAGGCCUGCCAAAGAAACAGGCUUCGUUUAAAGAAGGAGUUUGAUGAUUUCAAGAAGCACCCAGAGUACAACAGCUUUGUGCGUGAGGAGUGUGUUUCAUCAUCAUCAUCAUCAUCAUCCGAUUAUGAUUAUGAAGAGAGGGACUUGGAGAAGGAUUGUUGUGUAGAAUUAGAGAACGACCAGGAACAUGCCGUUCCCAGAGGCCUUUGGAUUGGAGCAAACACCACAGAGUUUGUUGCCAAGUCUGCUGCAGAAGAAACCUGCGAACCUGCCAACCACCCCAAACACCCUUUGACCAUUAAAGAGAAAGGUGUUUGCACCACUACUGCGGAGUCGAGAAGAGAGUUAAAAUUGGAGCCAAUCCAAAUGAAUCAAUCCAAGGAUCCGGCGUGGACACCAGGUCUACCAGCACAUCUUUCACUGUCACCCAAAUACCCCAUUCUAAACCUGACUGGUGGACUACCCAAGGGCUACACGCCCAUUCCGACCCUGCUGGCCAAGAGCGUGGGAAACAAAGUGACCUUGAUGAAAAGACCAGCUGAUUUAAGUUCCAGUGCAGAUGAACAGAGAAAGGGGUCUUUGGUUUCUACCUCCACAGUGGCCAACCCCAAAAUUGUAAAAGCACAAAGCUUCCCAUCCGUUUACCAACAGAGCCUGCAGGAAAUGACGGCACAGUCACCUCAGCAGACACAAGUCCUUGAGCAGCUAAGUACAAAAGCAGCUGCUCUUCCUAAACCACCACAGGCCAAAACAUCCCAAAGUGAACAAAAAAGUCCUGUCCAAGUAGUGUAUAAGGCACCUGAGGGAUUUGGUCACCUUGUAAGAAAAGACAACAGCAACCCAGUCAAGAUGUCUGUUCAUUCAGUUUUGGACCAGAAAACUGCAGAGAAGGUUAUGCAGCAGGUGGUAUUUCUGCCUUCCAACCUUCUCGUUAAACAGACUGAAACAAAAAAACCCAUUUUGAAUCCAAAACAAUCGAAGGGCAUUCAGGUUACAGUUUCUACGGUGGCUAGCCCUGUAUGUAUAUCAACCGACGUGCCUGGUUUUAGCAUCCCUGAGAGUAAUGUCACUGUUCAACAUGUGGACACACUAAAAGAUGCCAAGCCUGGGAAAAAUCUUGGUCCUUUUUUCCCCCUUCCCUUGCAAAAAGGGACUUUAAACACUGUAGGAUAUAAUGAAACACAAGUUUGCAAUGUCCAAACCACCACACCAAAAGGUAGUGUACCAACAACUUCACCUGUCACAACUCUUCCGAAAGUUUCUGCUGACACUGUUAAAUUGGCAGAACCUAAACAGGAGCUAAAGACCAUGUGUAUUCGUGGCUCUCAGUCCAUCCUGGUAACAACUAGAGGAGGCAACACAGGCAUUGUCAAGGUCCAGACAUCCUCAGACCACAAUACACUUGGUUUGUUUCCUACCAGUCCAAUUAUCACCAUUUCUCCUCAGUUAAAAGCCUUUCUUGUAUCCAAGGCAUUACCUACCUUCUCUGCUUCUGCUAUCUCUCAGACACCCCCAUCUUCCGCCUCAACAGUGACAAGUAUCUCAACAGCCCAAAAGUACAGUCCCAACCCUACAAAUUCUACACCCACCACACUCACUGGUCGCAUUCCUCUGACAGGCCAAGACAGCCAAACUACAAGCGCUAAUGUUGCUUUAAGUCCAGGCCCUAAAAUCUCUAAUUGUCUUAUGGCUGAAACAGAGAUUUCCAAACUGGUGCCCACAUCCACUUCUGCUUCUUCUUUUCCAGCUUCAAGGUUUAAUAACAGUGCACCAUCACUAAGUAGCUGUGGUGUUUCGCAAGUUCUUACACAAGAGUUCAUUAAAAAGGCUGGUGCAAAACGACCCAGUGCAGAUGAGAGUCCCCAGGCUACUAAGCGUUUUCUAGUCACACCAUCUUCCUCCAUGACACCAAACGAAGCCACUUCAAAAAACACACCUUCAUCCCCAAAAUCUUUCAGCAGUUCCAAGGUUGUGCUCAUCAGUCAGCCCUCUGUGACCUCGACUGCCACUUUCAUGGGAAAUUUACCAAAGCAGGUGAUGGCAACCGGGAGUGGACAGUCAAUGAUUUCUUCAGUAUCAAGUCAGACUCUAACAACAAAAUCAUCAACAAAUGCCAGCUCCAGCCCAGAGGCAUCGCCGAAGGCCAACAACAUGACAAUGCCUUCAAGCAUUGCAUUCUCGUUAGGAAAGACGACUUCUAUUGGACAGACGAUCGGUGCCCUGUCACAUUGUUCUUCAACAACCACACCAGUGUCUGAAUUGGGGACAAGCUUUUCCACAGCUGCCAUCACCACAGGACAGGUCUCAUUCACAACUUCUGCUACAAGAUGUUCCUCCCAGCUUGGCACUUGCAGUUCUCUUCCUACCAGCUCUCCACUCCAGGGGGUAGCCGCCAUCUCUGGUAUCUCCCAGGUGAGCUGCACUAGCUCUACUGGUCCUGGCCUGCUUAAAGGAAAUCUGAACCAGAAUGACCCUUGUAUCCUUACAAGUAUAUCGCCCAGAAGCUCUCCUGUUCAGGUAACCAAUUCUGCAGGGGGUAGCCCAGCCCAAACUUGGACAUCUGUACUUCACCCUAAGCCCCAUUUCUUCAAAAGCACUUUACAUGAAGAGCACGUAGCUUUACCUCCCUCUUCUCAACUUGCUCAUAAUAAAACCCAAACAACCCUCUCUUUCGCACCAAGCACCUGCGCUUCAUUCCCCACUUUGACUACUGGGACAGUUCAGCAAAAGAUUAUCAUCAACACCUCUACGCAUCUUACUGCUGGCACACAAAUCUUCCUCAACAAUGCACGAUUUGUUGUCCCUCCCCAGGGCUUGGGUCCAGGCAGUCAUGUACUUAUUAUAUCUAGCCCUGAACCACAAGUGCCUACUGCCACUCAUACCAUCACUGGGCCAUCAGUAGCUCUCAAAGGGCAAAGCCCUACCAACUUCACCCCUCUGGCACCAGUUUUACCCCAAACUUCAGCCAAGCUGCCUUUAGUGCCAGCUGUAAGUUCUUCUUUAGUUGCAUGCACACCUGCUUUGUUACCAAGUGCACCACAUGUCACACCAUUCAGACUCGGAGCAUCUGGCCUGGGUUCAACACAGAUAACCAGCAAAACACAUGCAGUAUCAGCUCUUCCCAGGUUCCCAUCUGUCCAUGCAGGUAACUUCGGAUCACCUUCUGUAUGUACAUCCACUCUGGCUUCUUCCCCGCCAAGGUUAGGCAGUGUACCAGCAGUCGUUUCCCCAGUAACAACUAGUGCCCCUGCUCUUGGUUCAUCACUAGCCACAAUCGGAAUACCUGCUGCCACAAUUACCCAGACUACAUCUUCUUCUACAAUAGCUCCAAUAUCAACUCCCUUGCCCAAAUUGUCAGGAGCCUUAUCAUCUUUACCUGUAUUUCCCAGCUUAUCAGCGGGCGCCUUUUCUAGCCCUGUUAUACCUGUUUCUUCACCUCUCUGCUCAGUUUCAGCUCAGACGGUUACAGACGCACCUUGUCUUCCUGGCCAGGAAAUGGCUGGAUUGAUGAGUCUUGGACCCACUACACAGCCAGAGCAGACUGGAGUUAGAUUUGCGGCGCCUUCGACUGUUCAUCCACAGAGUUUAGUGCAAACUGGGCUAGGAAACUCUCUGAUCAAAAACCACUUACCAGUUCUGCAACCGGUGCUUUCUGGUACAAAGACACAAAUACUGCCACCAAUGAGUGUCCCAACAAUUGUAAAUACAGUGACCAGGAUGAAGCAACUGCCUGUUGCUACUGUUCCACCAGUUGGGAGCACUGUCAGCACCUUUGAAAUGGCACCUGCGAACAUGGCUGCUCCAGCAAGCACCGCUGUAUUAGUUAGUCCAGUGCAACCAAUCACAUCUAUGGCAUCAAGAAAUGCCAUCCAACGACCUGUCAUACCGGCAAAUAAAGCCCUUAGAAAAGACUCUGUGCAGAUCUCAGCCUUGGGGACACACACCAGUGUACCAUCCAAGCUGCUCGUUAGUCCUGAUGGUGCCGUUUUGAGUACUGUUCAGUGCCGGGUAAAUCCAGCAAAUCUGAAUGCCUCCCCCAAGCCUCUUGAUGCACUGGUGGUUUCCUCCAACAGUUCUAUUGGAGCACUACAAACACAUGAUUCCUCUUUACACCCUCUUCGGGCAGACACCAGUGAACCAACAGAACAGCACUGAGCCAGCGAAGUGAGAACACUGAUUUUCUUUUGUUUUUGUUUUCAUUUCGUUUUGGCAGGAUGUCUGUUUGUUCCCUCUACCAAUAGCUACUUCCAGUUAUACUUUGAGUCAUCUUAUAUUUUAGGCAGAGUAUUUUACCCUCUGGUUAAAUGAUUUUCCACAUGAACUUGUGUUUUCAUACUGAAAUUGUAUGCUGUGGGUUUGUCAAGUGGCAACUUGAAUCCUGAGACGAAUGUUGUAAACUUGCAAGGAUUCACUUCAUGGCCAGUAAAUGCAACAAAUCCGUAAGGUGAGAAGUAGAUGAAAAAAAAAUUCAAGUUGAGCUUCUGCAGUUUUAUUAGAUAUUGGUUCAAGACAUAUCCAGCGGUUUACUAUUCAUUAUUACAAGUUGCUCUUCUAGAUUUGUUCAGAAAAAAUACAGCUGUCUACAUCCUUUUACGUGUUUUUGUCAUGGUUUCUUUUUCUUUUCAAAUAGCAAGAGUUUGAAAACUACAUUUAUCAUUUCUAGCAGUCUUAACCAAUGCGUGGAUUUGUACUACAUGUCUGAGUCUGUAAAUAUUUUAGAGUCACAUUUAUUUAUUUUUACCAUUAUAGAUAUUUCAAAAGUAAUAUUUACUAGGUACAUUUUCAUUUAACAACAGUGGACAUUUCUACAUGAAAAUAAACAUUGUAACUGUC